AUGGAUAUUAACGUAAUCAAAACUUGGGCUAAAAAUAAGAUUGAAUCCGAUGAUCUUGCUAAACAGGUGAGACGUGGAAUAAAAGAAACCACCUGGGAAAAAGAGAAUCAGAGAGAAGGAUUUAGUGAGACUUUUAAACCUCUGAUUUCCCAUUUUGAAAAACCAGAGGACCCCAAAAAGAAAAAUAUUUUCACUCCAAAUCAGGAAAUGCUUAAAAAUCAGUUGGCUCUUACAGAAGAAGCUAUAAAUAAAAAUAAAGCUAUUAAAAAAUUAGCUGAACAAUAUGAGAGAUUAGCUGAUAUAAAAGAAUUACCAGACUCAAUGAUUGGGUGCCAAUGCCACCACCAGAUAAAGAAGGAGACCCCUGGGAUAGUGACUGGGUACCUGUGCCUAAACCAUCAGGUAAUUUAGAGAAAAACUUUGUUGGUAGUGAUCUUGUUUUUUUACAAAAUUAUGAGUAUCCAAGACCAAGUGAAUUUAAUGAAACUAGUAUUCAAGAUUUAGAGCAAAUACGUACAAACUUAAACGAAAAUAUAAGAUUGUUAAAUGGCCGAAUUGUAGGUAGAAAAAAAUAAUAAAAAUCCAUCUUCAGAGUAUGUAGCUGGAACUAAUAAAUUAAAAGAAUCAGUAGGUAUACUAAAAAAAUAUAGAAAUACAAUGAAUAGUUAUUUUAAUUCAAUUAACUAUAAAGUAGGCCAGGGUAUUUGGGGCGCGAGCCCCAUUUACUACUCCCCCAAAGAGUUACUAAAGAGACUUGAAUUACUAGGUGGGUCUCUUGCUGCAGGAAACAAUGGUGUAUUGUCUGAAUAUAUUCAAAUACCUCAUCGACUUAGAGAUCUCGGAGUUAUUAAUAAUAACAAACUUAAUACGCUUUUAAGAAACUAUAUAGACAUAAGAUAAAUGAAUGAAAGCGCUAUUCAUAUUUCCUCUGUUAAACGAGAGGCUAUAGGAAAAAACAAACCCCAUGAUUUUAUAGUUAAAUUCAAUCCACCUUUGAAACUUGAUCCAGAAUUUAGGCAUUUUCUCGCCCUCGACAGGUUGUCGAUGACUUACUCUUGGUACAACAUCAGAAGUGAUUACGGCAACAAUACAAUCAAAUACACCCAUGAUGGAACAACAUGGCAUACAAUUACUUUUACAGAUGGAAUGUAUUCCUACUCUGAUAUAAAUGAUUACAUCCAUCAAUACAUGGAUCAAAAGUCUCAUUACUCAACAAACUCCAAAGGAGAAAAGGUUUAUUCAAUCAAUUUGACUUUUAUUCUCUCUACAUAUCGAGUACUGGUAUCACUUAGUGGUGACUACCACCUUGAUCUAAGGGGAACAGAUUUUGGAGAUCUCAUCGGAUUUGAAAAGAAACUGGUGACUAAAACAGAGUAUGGAACAAAACUACCAAAUAUUACAAAUUCAAUUGACUCAUUAAACAUAAACACAACAGCUAUAAAAGAAUCCGUUGUAAAUGGAGUAAAUACAAACACAAUUGCUGUUAUUCCAACUGAUAAUCUUACGAGGAGUUUUCCAUUUACUUUCGAACCGAGAAGGGAGUUGUAUUGCCCUGUGAGUCACUCACAGGGCAAUACAAUACUAUUUCUGAAAUGAGAGUAUACAUAACUGAUUCACUUGGAAAACCUGUUGACCUCAACGGUAUUGAUUGGUUUAUGACGCUGUUGCUUCGCCAUACUGAUCCAGUUAAUAAUAUAGUGUAA